GCUCGCAUGGCGGCCUCGAGGUCGCAUUGUUAUUAAGCAGUGUUGGCAAACUUUGGCGAUAAUGAGUCAACCGCUGUACAGAGAAGGGCACUAAGAGCUAUGGAGACUUGGUCAACUAACAGGAAUUACAGAUUUGAAAAUGACGAGAUUUAAAAAGAAAAAUAAACACUAACAUGGCUACCAUAGCAACAGCCAGGAAAAACGUGGAAUUACUCCGAAAAGCUGGAAGACAUCAGUCCACCGACAACGACGGCGCAAGGCGGUUAGGCACCUCGAGAGCAUUUUUCGGGCGACAAGGCCGUCAAGACAGAGAUGACAUCAGCGUUGCUGAUUCAGGCAUUUCGUCCGGAUAUUCAGACCGUACAUCAUCGGCUGGAACCAGGGUUCGUGCAUCAUCGGCUAUUUCCGGAUUGUCUGGUUCACCGCCGAGGUCGGGACCGCCCAUUGCUAAUAUAGGAUUUUGUGGCGCGAGACAUCCGCAUCCCGAGCGUCUGCCGUCGGCGAAAUGCCGCCGGGAAAAGGCAGUGACAUUGCGCAUUUUAGACGUAGAAGAGGACACUAUUAUGAACGUGCAGAGGUUGCGCGAGCACUUGAAGCGCCUCGACUUAAACAGUAUACGCUUAAACUACAUUCCAAAUGAACUUCUAGAAGGUUUAACGAAACUUGAGAAGUUAGACGUCGGUUUCAACAUGCUGGAAGACGAGUCGAGCUUUCCCGACUCUCUACAAGAACUGGAGAAACUAUUAGAACUACGGCUCAACAAUAACAAACUGAAGCGCAUGCCCACUUUGUUGCGGAAACUUAGACGCUUGACCCGUCUAAACGUAGGUUGUAAUGAAAUGGAAGAAAUUACGGGGAUCGAGAAAUUAAGGCGGAUGAUCUGCUUGGUGCUAAGCUACAACCGUUUCCCCAGUGUGAUCAAGGAGGUGCUACCGUUAAAGAGACUCGAGGUCUUGCAGUGCAACGGCAACUGCGUCACCGAAAUUCCCAGAGAUAUUCGGCACAUGAAAAAUCUCCGCGAGCUGGAUAUUUCUGACAAUAAAAUCACGUCGCUGCCACCUGAAAUAUUUCUCCUGGCAAACUUAGAAGCUCUUAACGCCAGUGGGAACCAGAUUCAGCGGAUCCCAUCGUUAAAUAUCAGAGGGCGUCCCAAACACAGGGUAUACUCCAUAGAUCUGUCGUUCAAUCUAAUAUCAAAAUUCCCGGAACACUUAUUAUGGAUGGUGGAUCGCCUUGAUCUGAGCUCUAAUAAGAUUAAGACGCUGCAGGGCAGCGUUAUUAAGAAGUUGGAUUUUGAAGGCGAACAGUGGUUGGAUGUGUCUGACAAUCCUCUUCAGGCACCGCCCGCAGACGUGGCCGAUGGAGGACUUAGGUCAAUAAUUCAGUUCUUCCGCGAGGAGACGGCGCGGACCACGAUGUACCAGGGUUUUCGCGCGCUGGUCGUCGGGCACCAGUCGUCAGGGAAGACGAGCCUCGUGCAAUCUCUAGUCGACCAGCUUCCCCGCCUCACCGACGAGCACGAGAAGACGAUAGGGCUGGAGAUCUUCGACAUGCCGAUGGAGGUCCAGGAGGAGGAGCAAGACGAAAACGGAGAGGUGCAAACGGCGUCCCGUCCGAUCAACGUGACGUUCUGGGACACGUGCGGCGCGCAGUCGUACAUGUUUCCUCACCACGUUCUCCUGGAUCAACCCUACCUCGCCAUCUUGGCUUUCAACUUGGCCGAGUACACCGCGGAUAAGUUCUACGCUCUGAUUGGCUCCUGGGUGGACUGGAUGAUCUCCCGGUCCAAUCAGAUCAACCUGCUCGUCGUCGGAACCCACCUCGACCGAGUGAAGCCGAAGAAGGCCGAACAGAUAUGCGCCGACGUCCAACGGAAAUUGGACAGACUGGUCACGGAUCACACCGACGCGAUAGCGCAGGAGAUCAAGCGCAUCACGGACAUGCCGGUAAUAUCACCGUCGCUUUCUGAGUACUUGAAGAAAUGCCGCGAGUGGCUUCGCCUGAAGGUCAACAUCCACAGCGAGGUGAUUCCCGCCAGCUCGGCGACCAUGGACGGCCUAGAGGAAGUUCAGGCGGCCAUCGAGAAACUCGGCACCAACAAGGAUCUCUUCCCGUACAUUCUCCGUGUCGUUCCGACCCUGUGGUUGGACGUUGAGAAUUACGUAGAGGAGAAAGGGAAGGACAUGCUUCUCCCUUUCAUGGCCUGGGAGGCGUUCGAGGAGGAGCUCGGAGACAAAUUCGGAAUGAAACACCUCAUGCCAAGUAUAGGCGUGUACCUGCACCAAAUUGGGAAGAUUCUGUGGUGGCAUGAAGAUCCCCUGUUGAAAAAAUACGUCUUCCUUCGCCCUUCGUGGCUCAUGGAUGUUCUCCGUGAGCUGUUCCGACAUGACUUCAAAGACUUUGUGCAAUACGAAAGCAACGACUAUAUACGGCUGCUGGGGAUACCGCAAUUUAAGUUCGACCGCUUGAAGAGGGAGCUUCUCAACGAAGGGAUUCUUGAGAGGGACUUCGUUAAGCUACUGUUGGGAGACGUUGUUCCCAUAGAAGGGGGUCAGAAAUUGAACGAGGUGCUUUUAAUUCUGUCCGAACACUUCAAUUUACUGUACCCUAUUCGCAAGACGGGUAAAGAAGGGACGUGGCUCAAUCCCGAUCCCGUUUCUGAAGCACUCACGGCGAGGAGCGAGAAAAGUGAGGCGAAGAGCGAUGCGAAGAGUGACAAGAGCGUCACGGAGGAAGCCAAGAAGUCCAAACUCCGCUCACACAACCGGUUCUUGGUCCCAUACUAUCGUCGAACGCCGCAAUCGGACGUUUUCACGGAAGAGUUCGACGUGCUGAAGGACUUUCACCGUGCUGCUGUCAUGUACCGCUUUCCAAAGUACAUCCCGCCGGGUCUCUUCGAAAAACUGUGCGUGCGCAUGCGCGAUCCUAAACUGGGACUACAGUUCUUACGUCACUGGGGCACGGGUCUGUACGGGAGGCACUUGGACAAACCCGUGCGUUUUCACGUGUCUCUGGCCAUGGUCGGACAGCGAGGAAAAGGCGAAGCAGACGACGAUGACGAAGACGAGGGGAUCGACGAUGGUGGGAAGACGCCUUCACACGUGUCGGCGUGGGACUAUGCUUGUCCUCACCGCGGGGCGGAGUUAAGGCUGGAAGUGAGGUUUGAGGAGCCAAUGGAGAGGUACAAGGUGUCCAAGCUGUGGACCGUUCUGUUCACCAUGAUCCAAAGUGUCGAGAAAAUGUUGCAGUCACUGCAUGGUACACGUGUAGAGCGGUAUACGCAGUGUCCGGCCUGCCGCCAGAUGGCGUUCAUGGGCGAGUGGCUGACGCCUAAGGAGUUCCAGAGCAGUGAACACAAAGUCUGUCCAGACUGCAACCAAACCGUGCACACCGACUUCCUGGUGCAGCCGAAGGAGAGGAAAUCUGCCGAAGAGCUGAUGAAGAUGAUGGAGGAAAUACGAUCAAGACAGGCCGCGGCCGCAGCAGCAGCAGCAGCGGCUUCUAGCGACAGCGAACCUACCCCGCGGCCAAAUUCCGCCACACCCUCUCCCCGACCCACGGAGGAUCUAAUAAAGAAGUUUCGCCCCACGGCCAUAGUGUGAAGUUGACAAAAUGGAGGUAUAAGAUUGGUUGUUGUUUCCUCUGUCCUGGGCAACACCUUCAGUCUAAGAUGAGGUCAAAAUGUCAGUGCGUCCCGUAGCGAAGAAAAUAAAUAACAAACAACCCUGAAAUAUGGCGCAGGAAAGAGACGCUCAUUACGUCACAUCACAGGAAAAAAGUAACAGCCACAGGGAAUAGGGAGGUUUUUACGACACCGGGCAUUGGACAAUUUCCCACCGUUAUUAUCCAAGUGCAAUAAGUAGAUUUCGGGACCACGUGUGUCGGAAUCACUCUUAUAGUGAAUUAAUUUCAUUUUUUAUAACGACACAUGUUAACUUGAUAUUUCCUUAAGCUUCUAGAAAUAUCUAUAGGUAUUAUUUUUUUCAAUUCCUGCUUCAGGCAAGUUAAAACGUGAAACAUAGGGGAAAUGUUUUUAAGUAUUAGCAAUACUGUCAGGGUAACAGUGAUUUUUAGACACGACCAUCAAUACAAUUUGGAAUCUCAUUGAUAGCAACCGUCACAUUACGUCCAUGCAUCACCCACGUGUUGAGGGUUUUGUUACGUCAGCUGUCUUUGUUAAAUGGAAUGAAAUGCUUGACCGAUUUAAAACGGGUUAUAUAUGGGUCUAGAAGAUUAUGUCCUGAGCGAAAAAAGAGAAAAGAAAACUGAGAUGUUGUUUUUCAACCUUCGAUGAUAGAAAAUACUUUGAACACGCAAACUCUGCGUGAAUGACGUUAUAAGAAAUGAGACAUGCCCUCAAAAAAUCCAAUCUGACUCGUUCCAAAUAUCCAAACAUGCAAUUUAUCCACGAAUGAUCAGUUUAAUAGAAAAUAUCGACUUAAAAACCAGUCGAAGUUUCGUGACAACAACACCCAUACAAAAAAUUAAAAAGGUAAUGAAAUUAACAAAGAAGGUUAGGACUCAUUACGCUCGAGUAAAAUCAGUUUAGGGGAAGCCAUAAUAAGGUUACGGAAUUUACCCCGCCUCGUUUAAGUAGGAAAGUAGCACGGGUCUAAGGGCAGGUUUAUUGCACGAGCUUGAAUGUCUUGGGCGUUCCACCGGUGAUGUUAACUCGGGCGGGGAUUCCAUGUCUUUGAAAUUUGAGAGAGGAGCGCCCCCAAGCGUUUAAUGUUUAAUCGGGCGUUCUUAGCGGAGGAUGAUACCUCCUGCCACCACAUUUGAACUCGUGCAUGGUGGAAAUAAAACUUUUCUAGAAUUUUCAGACUUUUGUUCCAGCUACGAGUAUAUUUGUUUAAAAAUCGGGAUCAAAAACCUUGUGACUGUGGCAUUUUGAAACAUUAGCUGUGGAAUUAUUUAAACAAGGUCCGCCGUCAGUAAAUCUAGGAUUUAGGCAUUUACUAUUAAUUAUUAGAUUAACAGUUUCUGCUGCAAAUUGUUUACAGCUUUUGUCAUUCUUUAUUUAUUUCUUGUCAAUAGAAAUAUCAUCUUGUCCUGAAGUAGAAGUCUCUUAUAUAUAAUAAUGCUUUAAUUUUAUCUAAGUUACAAUUUACAGAAAGUAUGUAUUUCUAGGCUGUUGUGAUUAAAAUGUCAUGUCAUAAAAUGCCGCUGAAAUUUGCAGAGUAAACAGAAAUUAUAACUUUAUCUCUUGUUAAUGUAAUGCUGAAUAUGU